CUUCCCUAAAACGGUAGCUGUGCCACUGGAAGUCGGCACAAGUGUACGGGAGAACGCCUGCGCACAGGAGUGUACCGAAUUGCGGGCGUUUCGUAUGGUUUGGGAGUGGAUUGUCGGCGGAAGUGCCGCAGCCGUCGGCCUCGUGAGUUAUGUCGCCUACCGUUCGUUUGCAGACACGGCGGACGCACUGGAGGAAGUUCCGCGCUUCACGCCAGACGCGAGGCUGCAGAAGAAAUUGGGAAUGUACCGCGAGGGGACCAUCCCGUUUGCGGCCGUUCGAGGUGAAGUGAGGCCCGUUCAGGAUAGUCUGAAGUGUGGCGACGACAGCGAGAGGCAGGAGUGCGUUGUACGGCAGAGAAUCCGCAAGGAACAUAAGAGCGUCUACGUAUCAACGACAGAGCAAUGGCACUCGAGAACAAAUACGGUCAGUAAUAUUGUUCAUGAAGUACCACUAGCUCUGCAUGGGUGUGCAUCGUCGAAGUACGAUGCCAAUGGAGUAAAGGUCAAAUCACCACGCGAUGCUCGAGAGCUGCCAAUGUAUCAGAUUCGAGAACGUUUCGAACCAGUACAAAAUACAAACACUGUUGGUAUAGUGACAGACUAUCUAGUAGGAGAAAAGCUGAUGGGCUACCAGGAGAUCGAAUCCGCUUUACCUGUCGGCGUUGUUCUUACGGGCAUAGGAGAACUCAGUGUGAGGGAUGGCAAAGUCACACUUUGUGCUCCAGGAGGUAGACUGCCGUUUUUCCUUACUGAGCGUAGUGUGGAAGAGCUCAUAACGAGCCAGAGAGCUGGAGCCAAGGGUUGGAAAGUUCUCUUCUAUAUCUGUGCUCUUGUUGGAGGAGCUUGUCUUUUGUUUCGAUUGUAUCGCUGGUGGAUGUCGUGGCGGCAACGACAACGUAGUCGUCGGGAGGCGACCGAGUUUGCACAUCGUCAAGCCGAGCUUCGCAGACAAGAAGGUAGAGAGCACGGGAAUGAUGCAACUCGGCCGGAUCAACCUACAACGUGUGUAGUGUGCUGGGAAAAUACCCCCGACGUUGUACUACUCAACUGUGGUCACCUCUGUUCUUGUAGUUCGUGUGUCACCUCAUUGUCUCGCUGCCCUCUUUGUCGUUCAGAAAUCGAGAGAUUUGUUCCUGUUUUUGCGUCUAGCCAUACUUAGGUUUUGACUUGUUUACCAUUGUUUGAUUCAAAUAUUUUGCAUUGAAAUUUGAAAAAAUUGUCAUCAAUGAAAGUAUAUGCUCUCA